CCCAUUACGCCUACCGCCAGCAUGUCUCAAUUCCGCGCGGCCAAGCUGGACAUUGGAUGUUUCGCCAAGAUUCGCAAUAUCCGCGACCACACCAAGCGGAAGGUGUACUCGGAGAAUGAGCCAGAACGACAAGCUCUGCGAUACCUGAUCCGCAAUACCACCCUUCCGCAACGAGUCCGCGCGCAGGCUCAGCUCCAGCUCUCUCAGAUGCACUGCUACACACGCUACACCCAGAUCAAGAACAGGUGUAUAAUGGGCGGCAAGGGCCGUGGUGUCUUCAGCGACUUCAGAAUGGGACGAUAUCAAUUUCGCGUAAACGCUCUCGCGGGAAACCUGCCGGGCGUGAAGAAAGCAAGCUGGUAGGUGUGCUUCUACGAGAACCCGACUGUUUCCAUGUACAAUACUGUGAGGCGAGCAUUGUGCCAAUAUCACAUACCUACUUUUGGCUCUACAUAUGGCCUUGCACAUGACCGCUCUUCGGGCGCAGACCG